AUGGAGGCGGUUGGUCAUGCUGGCAUUUGUUUGGGGAUCCUAGCCAAUGAUGGUAUUGUUUUGGCUGCAGAGAGGAGAAAUACAAAUAAACUCCUUGAUGAAGUGUUUGCCUCAGAAAAGAUUUACAAGCUCCACAAGUAAGUUUUUAAGAAAUAUGUUGUUUGCAGGAUGUGUGAGAGAAAUAGUGUUAAUUAUGUAGUGUUCAGGGUUCUCAAUAGUAGCCGGCACCUGGCGAUUGAUUGCCGCCCACUUUGGACUUUUUAGCCACUUACUUUACAUUCUCUUUGCUGCUUUUCCCUCCCUAGUUUACAGUCCCUCCGUUUGUCACAGCUGCCUACUUAAGGUUGGGCAGAUGCCUACUCCAAAUCCUAUUGAGAACCCUCAGUGUUAAGUGUAGUAACUGGUGAACAAAAGAUUUUUUUAUCCAUCCAGAGUGGAAAAGUAAUGUGAUAUUUUAUUCACAAUAGAGGAACUGUGAAGUAAUACCUAGCCAUACUGGCAGUUAAACUACAACUUCACGUGUGUCUUUGGUAUGGUUUUGUUAAUAUGAUUAUAACAGCGUAUGGCGUUUAUGAAAUUCUUUUUUCAGCGACUUGGCUUGCAGUGUGGCUGGUAUAACAUCAGAUGCUAACGUGCUCACAAACCAACUUAGACUUAUAGCUCAAAGGUACUGUCAACCACACUUAAGGUGAUUCCCUAGUAAAAGAACCUAACAUAGAUUGUAGAUGAAACUUGGUACACUGAUGUAACGAGUCAAGAAGAUGAUAAAAAGGUAAUAAAAAGUGGGGGUCACCGUGCUCAUUUUGACGUCACAAUGCUGACAAAUACGGCUAUUUUGGACCCUUUAACAAAAACCGCGCGCAGCCCAAAACUAGACAAAAAGGAAAGAUUUUUUCAAUGAUGCAUGUGGUAUCGCACAGAAUUUGACUGUAAUGUAUUGUUUAUCCACUUACGUACCAGAAAAAUGCCUUUUUAUGCCCUUGUUUUUCUUUUACGCUCCAAAGUAGAAUUAAAUUGGACACGCGCUAUUCGACCCGUGAUAGCUCAAUCUGUACAAUUUAGUAAAAUUGCCAAAAAACUGAACAUAGAUUUGUGCCAAUUUUUUUCUCACCGAAAGGAAGCACUGUCCUUAUUAAAAUCAUGAAAUAAAAAAUGGGGGUCACCGUACUCGUUUUCGCAGUAGAGCUGCAGAAAGUGCGCGCCAAAUGCAUUUUCCUUGAUUUUUGAGAGAGGACUGGGGCGAGUUUCAAAAUAGAAUGUAUGCGAAAGGGGGAAGAAAGUAUUAAAAAAUCCGUUUUUACAGAAUGUACAUCGAGAUAUCACAUUUAGGACACAAUGUGAUAAAGAAAGCAUUUAAAUGAAAGUCAAAGUGAAUAAGCACAAAUUAAACAUCCACUAUCGAGGUUCUCCGUGAGGAAGUCGAACUCAGCAACACGCUUACUUCUUACAUCAUGCACAUUCCCACCACACUGAGUCUCACCUCGGCAAGAAACAACCGCAAGCAAAAAUUGCAAUAGCGUUUCUCUUCGGUCAACUUCAUUUUAAUGAUGUUACUUCACAUGCUCUUUUUUACGGAGGCCAUCUUGUUAUGCGCAGUAAGAGAUGCACAGUGCAAAACCAGGGAAUCACCUUAAGGCUAGUUUGCACAAUACAGGUUGUUGGUGUGAUCUGUCAUGUGCCCUUAUAACAUGUUAUCAUUAUAAUUAUCAAUAAACUAUUUAUCAUCCCAAUCUUCUAUCCAAAGGGAAGGCAAAUUUUAAUAGUGGGUUAAAAUAUAAGAUAAGGUCAUAAUGGUAUGUGUUUGUCAAAUGUUUUCUUUAUAAAGUGGUGCCAACAAAUAAUACAUUGUAUUGUGUAAACUGGCCUUUAAUAUUAUUUUAAAAUUUGUUUCAGCUUAAUGGAUUUGUAAUUACAUCAAUGUGCUACUUACAUUUUUAAAAAUUGACCACUGUUUUAGUUGGGAAAAUUAAAUGCCCUUUUGAAUGGUUAAUGCUUGAAAAAUCAGCAUGCUCUACAUUAUUCAAUUAAUUCUGUUUCAUGUUAUACUAAUAAUGAAUUAUGUUCACUCACUGGUUACCUGCGUCUAUCUUCAAGAUAGUAGACUUAAGUGCAGUUUAUACAAAUCAUUCUCUUUUUUGUACGCUUUAAAUAAAUUUACUGAGUGUUAAGCACCCAGUUAGUAACAGUUUUAAAGUGCCACAUAAGUUUUGUUUGACAUUAUGGUAUUUUAAAGCCAUGUAAUUUGGUUCACCCUUUGGCAGAUAUUUACUUCAGUUUCAAGAGGCAAUUCCCUGCGAACAGUUAGUCAGUUCACUGUGUGAUGUCAAACAGGCCUACACACAAUUCGGAGGUGAGAUCACUUAAUCCCUCAUCUUCCUAGUCUAAGUUUAUCAGUUACCUGCUUGAAAUAAAUUGCAACUGUGAUGUCCAGGACAGAGUUGUUCAAAACCCAAUUAGCUCUAAUCCUGGGUCAACUGUAAACAGAGUAUAUUAUGAGUAUAUUGUUGAUCAAUACACAUGUAACAGUAACCCUAGGUUUGCACUAACCAUCCUUCAAACAACUCUACCCAGGAUAACUUGCAGGGGUAAUGUAGCACCACUAGCACAGCCAAGUGCACAAGGGUAGAGUACACCCCUAUAGAAGGUUAAAAUCCCCUAGAUCCAAGCACCAGGAUCAAAUAUGCUUCUGCUUCUUGUCAUGAUUGCUUAAUAUGCUGUUAUGCAAUACGUUCAUACUUGUGUUUGUGUCAUGCUUGUGUGGUAGUGAAAACCAGGUUUUGAUGAUUUCAGCAAAAAAAUUGCUUCGUGUUACAUGUGCACCCUCUGAAAUGAGUGUUGUUUGGUAAUGUUUUAGUUGCUCCAAAUGUUGUGAAAAGUAUUAUUAAUUUAGUUCUCCCUCUGGUAAUAUCAGAACAAUUGUGACAAUGCUUCACUACUGUGUUUUUUGUUUUGUUUUUGACAUAUUAUUGCAUGGAAAAGUACAGUGCAUGUUAAUUAUACCUGGCAAAAUCCCAUGAAUUUCCUCUCGCAACCCAUUUCUGUAUGUGUUUGUUUAAGAAGGCAAUCAAUAGUUCUGUUCUAUUUUAUGUUAGAAAAGUGUUAUUUUACAAGGAACUUCCACCUUGUCUUUCUUUACCAGGUCUGAGACCAUUUGGUGUUUCUAUUCUGUAUAUGGGAUGGGAUAAACAUUAUGGUUUUCAGUUGUAUCAAAGUGACCCUAGUGGAAAUUAUAGUGGGUGGAAGGCAACAUGCAUUGGAAACAACAGUGUGGUAAGUUUAUGAUCAAGGUGUACGGAGUUUUCCAUCAUUUAAUUAGCAUAUCAUGCAAUCAAUUGGGAAUCGUUAUGAGAUCUAAGGCUACAUUCCACCAUAGAGAUCCAAAAAGCCUUAGUUGAUCGAGUCCAGAGAUUUAAGCAGUCAUACCUAUAUCAGGCUAAGCAUGUAAUUAAAUACUCUACAGUGUACAUUCAAGGGGCACUCCUCUGACAAUGCAAGAACUUAGUUCAUAAUCUUGGGUUCCCUGUACUAUUAUUUUUGUAUACCUUUUCAGCACUAUCUUGAAUGCUUAAGCCUUGGUGUCAAGUGGCACUAAAAUGGCAGCUCAGAAAGCUGUCAAUUGAUAAAAGUGGCUUUAGCUUCUGAGAGUAAACAUUGUUUAAGAGAGGUCUUAAUUAAGCAGCUUUACACCUUAUUUAAACUAAAAGUUAAAAAUUAUCCGAGCUUUUACCAAUUAACAGCAUCAUCAGGGAUAAGAAGAUAAGAAGUUUUGUUUUCUGCCAUCUGAACAUUCCUUGUAUUAUUUUAAGUAUUAAAUUAUUUUAUUGUUUUAUGAACUCUGGAAUGAUAACUAAUCACUGACGUGCUUCCAUGCAACACGAAAAAAGCACAUCCAACAGAGAGAAACUCUAACCUUGGACAUGCUCAAUAAACUGCAUUACUUUUUCUAUGCUGUGUAAACUCAUUCAGCCACUAAAAUGAUUCAGUCAUGUGAGUUUGACCUCAUUUCCAAGGACUCGGAGUCUUGUCUUACACACUUUUCAUCUUAUGAUAAUUUCUUUCUUUUUGUUGUUGUUUGCAAUGUAGGCAGCAGUUUCUAUGCUUAAACAAGAGUACAAAGAAGGAGAAAUGACAUUGAAAGAUGCUCUGAAACUAGCCGUCAAAGUGCUCGAUAAGACUCUGGAUAUCACCAAACUAACUCCUGAUAAAGGUUAGUUCCUAGUGAUAAGUGGACACUUUGUAAGUCUUCCUAGUCACACAGUAACUUGGUUAACAUUUUGCACUUACCUAAAGUGUGCAGUGCAUAGAGGCCCAGCAAUGGUUCAGACUAGAAGGCCCAUGACUCGAUGAUAUGACCUUGUUCUUUCCAGAGCAAGAAAAGUAUUUCCAGAUUGUCUUCAUAGACAAUGAGUGCCUUUGACUUCAUGCAAAAAAGAUGAGGUACUCUUAGUUAAUGGGUUAAUGCUGUCCCCCUCCAUAGGUCUCUCAAGACUCUUUGUAUCAUAUGGUCAUGAGCAUUAAUUUAUCAUUGUUUCUACUAAUAAGUAACUACCAUGAAUGAGAGAUGUUGACACAUAAAAUUAUGAUAUCUAAGAAAAGUAAAUCUUAUCGCCAACACAGAUAUUACUUGCUGUAAAGAGAAUAAUAUUACCUUUUUUAAGUCUCAUGUAUUAAAAAUUUAAUACACAUUUUCUGUGCAGUCUGUUCUUAAGCUCGAUUCUCUUCUGUUUUAGUUGAGUUUUCCACCCUAACACGAGAGAAUGGCAGAACAAAAAUCAAGAUUCUUGGAGCACAAGAAGUGGAAAAACUUAUCAACGAACAUGAGCAAGUGAAGGCAGAAGAAGCCAAGCAAGCAGCUGCCAAGAAAUAGACUUUUUAACUUAUGAAAUCUUUGCACAAUAAAAUUUCAUUCACUUUUGGCGAGACCUUUAGUUGCUAAAUAAACAGCAGCUGUUAGCUGAAGAGUUAAAAAAACCAAGAUGAGCAAAAGGAUUGUUUUGUAUACACUGAUUCCGAAAGGUUUUCUCUGUGGAAACUUGAGGAAGUUUAAAAUAUUCUUUGUUAUGCACCUAUCAAUGCCUUGCCCAGGAGGAGAGCGAGGGGGUGGGGGGAAUAUUUGCAAGGGUUAUUGACAUCAAAGGGUCAGGCUCUUUUGAUAAUGCUAGCUAGAUGACAGCAAGAGACUUAAUUCAUUCUCAAAAUGUUUGAUAUAUUUUGUGAAUAAAUACUCAAUGGCUUGGCCUUCCAGAAACAGUUGAUAAACACAACAAAAGUGGGACCAUGCCAUCAAAGUUGCAGAAACAUUGUGGAAGAAAACAGCUGAAACUAUUUAAACCAUGUAGAAUUUGACCUUUGUCAAAUGUAAGCAAUUUGUCUACCAGCUUGCCCAGAAUGGGUAUUUUGACAUAUUUAGCCAAGGCUAAAGGCAAAGCUCCUAUUAAUAAAUUUAUAAUUACUUCAAACAAUAAACUUGGAAACACUGCAAAGAAAUCCACUGCAAGCAAUCAGUUGAAAACUAGGAACUUGUCAACAGAGAACUUAAAAAAAGAUAACCUGGAUGGUUGAUACCUGAGCCUUCAAAAUGAUCAUGUGAUACUGGUCAGAGGAUACCCUGUUUGGACAGCUGUCAAUGACCACAACAUGUAUGUGCAAUAUCAGGUUGCACACUCCCACACUGGCUAGAAAGUGUGACAUUCAAUAUUGGUUGCCCUGUGAUGUGG